CUCGCAAACACGAACACUCUGUUCACGACGACUCCAGAGCUCUUGCCACAUCUUGUACGGGCCCUACUUUCGGUGUGCCGCGAUCGACCAAGAUGACAUCCAAUCGAGAGCCCUCGGGUUUCUCCACCUUGUCAUUCAGCAACAACACAGGUCAGACACGAGCUGGUCAAAGGAAGGACAACAAAGGUCGCAAGUUUUUUCAGCAGAUGCAGCCCACCUUUUCGAUAGAUGUACCGACAACGACAUUCACAAAGCUUGAGUUCCUGGAUAACUUUGACCCCGCGAAAGAUACAGUGGUCCGAAAGAAGGCCCGAGAAUGGGUGAACAAGAACCGAGGGAUCUCCAAUCUCGGUGGACAAGCAACAUCGAAGUCAAAAUCGAAAAACGCUGCCUUAAAAGCGGAAGAAGAAGACCAGAAGAAGCACUUGGCUAGGUGCAAAAGCACAAUUCCUACAGUCAUACUCAGUCCUAGAGCAGUCGGUGCAAGCUCGGUGGACCCUUUUGGUAUCCUCCCUAACAUUGGGAGGGACUUCGACCACGUCAUCAAGUAUUUCCUUUCUGCAAACUGUCCCGAGGAGAUCCCAUGCUCAGAUGACAAGUAUGCAGAUAAGUCGAAGCAUGCUCACAUCCCCUUCCAACAUGAGAACACAGUCCUGGGUAACAUGGCGAAGAGCGAGCUUACCUUUGUCCUGUGGCUUUAUGCUACUGUCAUCAUCCGUGAUGGAAUGUCGGGGAACUUCAACACGGAGGAGGUGUAUUGGUUCUACAACAAAUCUCUCAAAGUAAUGCAGGAGACAUUACAACGAGAGACAGCAGCUGGGAAUUACUCCGAUUACCUCAUCAACGCUGUUUCGUGCAUCACAGCUGCUGCGGUGUUUUCCGGUAUGUUCAAUACGGCUGUUUUGCACCGGGACGCAUUGGUUCGCCUUCUGACUCUUCGGGGAGAUGGUGAUAUAUCAGUGGGUUGGCAGUCGACAGGCUAUUUCACCCGCAAAGCUUCACAGUGGUGCGAGAUAAUGGUUGCUGCGCAGCUUGCGGAGAUCCCGAAACUUCCUCAUCGACCCCAAAGCUUCUCGCCGCUUCCUAAAGCCGUCAUUCUUACGACCGAUGCACUCACUGCUACAACGCUUAAUAGCCUACCCCAGCUCUCAGAGCCUUUCGUUGAGGUUAUCCGCUAUCUGCAUCAAGUCGCCGUUUCGUAUGCGUCGCCGCCACCAGACGUCAAGAUUGACGAUUACAUCAUCCAACCUAUGUACGAUGUUCAGCAUGCACUUCUGAAGAUACUAGCGGCGCAGAAAGAGGCCAAGCACGGGUUUACAGACGUUGAAGUACUGCUCGCUGAAGCUUUCCAGCUAUACUUCUGGACCGGAACCAGAGGUUUACCACCGCAGACCAGGCUGUGCGAGCUCCUCAUAUCUCGUGUCAUGAAGGCACUACUUCCGCUUUUACUCGAAGCAAGCACAGAGCUAUCCUUUGAGACAGGACCAAGGAUGGCUACCUCAACUGAAGACAAGAACAACAGUAUCCAAAUGAAGCUAGAGGCCAAAGACCAUUUCUACCGGUUCCUUCGCCAUACACGGGAGGUCAACAAUGCUAUCACUUGGGCGCUUGCUCUCGGCACUUUGGUUACCGCGCCGCUGUUGGCGCCUGAGCAUUGCUGGUUUAAGGGUCACUUCCAACUGCAGCUGAGAGCUAUGGCGCUGCAAAGGGAUCAGGACCAGUGGUUCGCCUUUCUCAGUCUUUUCCCUACCACUGAUGGCUAUCCAAAUCCCUGGAUAGAUUUGAAGAGCGUGUGGCGCGAACACGGUGUAUGAAGAGCUUAUGAUAUUGCAACAUCCCUUCUUCACAAUAUACCCGAUCCUGCGCUGGAUGGGCCCACUUGAUCGAAUGUGCGGCUCAUGUUCCUACUGCGGUACAGAGGGGCACAUUCGUCUGGUCGAGCCAUUGACUGCUAC